AUGGAGGAAAACAAGUUCCCAACUCCACUGCCCACAGACAGCGGCGCCCCCUGGGACCCCAGCCUGGAACCUGAGUUAGAGCCUGGAAUACAGAAUGGAGUGGUGGCAAGUGAGGGCUUGAGUAGCUACCUCAGCUGCCCAGGGAAAGGGGAAACAGGAGCCCUGAUGGAUUCUGAGGAGCCCACAGUGCACCAGGAUGCAGCUCUGCCUGACCUCAGCCUUGACCUCUCCAUCACCAAUGGCCUGGCACUGGGACCAGAUGCAAAUAUUCUGGAAGAUCUAACAGAGUCCAGGCCCUGGAGGUCUGAAGGGCUGGCAGAGGGGGACGAAGCCCCCGGGAGCCUCUGUCUAGAAGCUGAGGACCCUCAGCUGGGGUUGGAUGGCCCUGGAGAGCCGGAUGUGCGGGAUGGCUUUAGUGCCACAUUUGAGAAGAUUCUGGAGUCGGAGCUGCUGCGAGGCACCCAGUACAGCAGCCUUGACUCCCUAGAUGUGCUGAGCCUGACGGAUGAGAGCGACAGCUGCGUCAGCUUCGAGGCCCCCCUUACACCCCUCAUUCAGCAGCGGGCCCGAGAUAGCCCUGAGCCCGGAGCUGGACUGGGCAUGGGAGAUAUGGGGUCCGAGGGGGACAUGGGAGCGGCUGGUGGGGAUGGGGAGCUGGGCAGCCCGCUGCGGCGCUCCAUCUCCAGCAGCCGCUCAGAGAAUGUCCUGAGCCACCUGUCUCUCACGGCGGUGCCCAAUGGAUUCCAUGAAGACGAGCCUCGGGCCCCAGGUGGAGAGGAGGAGGAUGAGGAUGAGGACACAGACAAGCUGUUGAACUCAACCAGUGACCCCAGCCUGAAGGAUGGCCUGUCAGACUCAGACUCAGAGCUGAGCAGCUCAGAGGGCCUGGAGCCUGGCGGCACAGACCCACUGGCCAAUGGGUGCCAGGGGGUCAACGAAGCUGCCCAUCGAUUGGCUCGCCGCCUCUACCACCUCGAGGGCUUCCAACGCUGUGAUGUGGCUCGGCAGCUGGGCAAGAACAAUGAGUUUAGCAGGCUGGUCGCUGGGGAAUACCUCAGUUUCUUCGACUUCUCAGGCCUCACUUUGGAUCGAGCACUCAGAACUUUCCUGAAGGCCUUCCCACUGAUGGGGGAGACACAGGAACGUGAGCGUGUCCUUACACACUUCUCCCGCCGGUACUGCCAGUGCAACCCUGAUGACAGCACCUCGGAAGAUGGGAUCCACACACUCACCUGUGCCCUGAUGCUGCUCAACACGGACCUACAUGGACAUAACAUUGGCAAGAAGAUGUCCUGCCAGCAAUUCAUUGCCAACUUGGACCAGCUGAAUGAUGGCCAAGAUUUUGCCAAAGACCUGCUGAAGACUCUUUACAACUCCAUCAAGAAUGAAAAGCUGGAAUGGGCCAUAGAUGAGGAUGAGCUGAGGAAAUCCCUGUCUGAGCUGGUGGAUGACAAGUUUGGGACAGGCACGAAAAAAGUGACACGGAUCCUGGAUGGCAGAAAUCCCUUCCUGGAUGUCCCACAGGCUCUCAGUGCUACUACCUACAAGCAUGGCGUGCUGACCCGGAAGACUCAUGCUGACAUGGAUGGCAAGAGGACUCCCCGUGGGAGGCGUGGCUGGAAGAAAUUCUAUGCUGUUCUCAAAGGGACUAUCUUGUACCUGCAGAAGGAUGAAUACAGACCUGACAAGGCUCUGUCAGAGGGUGACUUGAAAAAUGCCAUUCGUGUACAUCAUGCGCUAGCCACCAGAGCUUCUGACUACAGCAAGAAGUCCAAUGUGCUCAAGCUGAAGACAGCUGACUGGAGGGUCUUCCUCUUCCAGGCACCAAGCAAGGAAGAAAUGCUGUCUUGGAUCCUGAGGAUCAAUCUGGUAGCUGCCAUCUUCUCAGCCCCAGCUUUCCCGGCAGCUGUCAGCUCCAUGAAGAAGUUCUGUCGGCCGCUGCUGCCCUCCUGCACCACUCGCCUUUGCCAGGAGGAGCAGCUGCGGUCUCAUGAGAAUAAGCUGAGGCAGGUGACUGCAGAGCUGGCUGAGCACAGGUGUCACCCAGUGGAGAAAGGCCUCAAGUCCAAGGAGGCAGAGGAAUACCGGCUGAAGGAGCAUUAUCUCACGUUUGAGAAAAGCCGUUAUGAGACCUACAUCCAUCUCCUGGCUGUGAAAGUCAAAGUGGGCUCAGAUGAUCUGGAGCGGAUUGAGGCUCGGCUGGCCACCCUGGAAGGGGAUGACCCUUCUCUCCGGAAGACACACUCAAGCCCUGCCCUCAGCCAGGGUCAUGGGCCUGUGACUGGCAGCAAAACCACAAAGGAUGCUCCUGGGCCUGAUACUUAG